CAUCCGGUCUUAACCAGACGUCAGUGGUCCACUGUGCUGCGGCUGUAGCGUUCACUGACUUUACUGCUAGCUUUUGUUCGGUGGACAUUAAACCAGCUAGUAGCUCCCGCUUAUCAGCUCAUGAACAAGCAGACAGUGAGCGAUACAAACAAAUAACCGUGAGGGGCGAGCCGUCGUUCUGCUCGAUAAAACAGGAAGGACUGCAGUGGAACUCUAAACUGACACCAGCAUCUUCCUCUAUCACUGCUCCCACCCUCCUCCCAUCCACCCGCUGCUCUUACUGGUUGCCUCCACCUCUGCUUAACAUGGCAACUAUCUUCCCACUCUGGCAGUGCCACUGACCUCCACCCUGGACUACCACCAUGGAGAGGAAACGCAGAAAGAAAUUAAUCUAGCUGCGCAGGCCGUUUGCAGAAUGGACUCAUUUUUAGAGCUUUGGACCUGAAAUGCUCUGUCGCAAUCCCUGAACCACGUUUUAGCUGCUCUUUUUUUGUCUGAAACAGCACGCCUGCUGCUAAAGUUUCAACGGGCCUGCUCAAAUUGAUAGUUUACACUACGUCACAACUCAAAAUGCUCCUGCUUCCUGUGUGGGCAUCCAUGCUUCUGGGGCUGUUGGUGGGCUUCCUGCCUUUGGUGGGGAUGGAGCCAACAGGAGGAGCCAAAUCUGGCUCUGACCACACCCCCAACUCAGAGCCCCUCCCUUCAUCAUCUGGCUCCAACUGCUCCGAGUUAACCCUCAAACUGGAGUUCUCAUCCAAGGUGGUGGAACACGAGUACAUCAUAGGAUUUACAGGGUACUUCUCGGCCAAAGCUCGCAGCCUGUACAUCAGCAGCGCCCUGCGGAACGCCGGGGACGGAGCGCUGGAGUGGCACAUUGUUCCCAGAGAAAACCCUGCCUCCGACUUCCCCAGUGACUUUGAGCUGGUCCACAUCCGUCAAGCUUCACCCAGCAGCCUGCUGACCUUAGAGGACCACCCUUACAUCAAGAGGGUGACACCGCAACGCAAAGUGUUCCGCAUGCUCAAAUACUUUCCCUCCCCUGAACCUGCCGCACCCUGCAACGCCACCCGUGGGACGCAGAAAUGGCAGUCGUGGCAGUCGUCCCGCCCUUUCCGACGAACCAGCCUGUCACUGGCCUCAGGUUUCUGGCACGCCACCGGUCGCCACUCCAGCCGGCGUCUGCUACGGGCCAUCCCCCGCCAUGUCGCCCAGAUCCUGCAGGCAGAUGUUCUCUGGCAGAUGGGACACACCGGCUCUGGUGUGAAGGUGGCAGUGUUUGAUACAGGCCUGAGUGAGAAGCAUCCACAUUUUAAAAACGUAAAGGAAAGGACCAACUGGACUAAUGAGAAGACACUGGAUGAUGGUCUGGGCCACGGUACAUUUGUGGCAGGAGUGAUAGCCAGUAUGAGGGAGUGUCAGGGCUUUGCCCCAGACUCAGAGCUGCACAUCUUCAGAGUAUUCACCAACAACCAGGUAUCGUACACCUCGUGGUUCCUGGAUGCUUUCAACUACGCCAUCCUCAAGAAGAUUGAUGUGCUCAACCUCAGCAUCGGGGGGCCUGACUUCAUGGACCACCCCUUUGUCGACAAGGUUUGGGAGCUCACUGCUAACAGAGUGAUCAUGGUCUCUGCUAUCGGCAACGAUGGACCUCUGUACGGCACCCUGAACAACCCAGCAGACCAGAUGGAUGUGAUCGGGGUCGGAGGGAUUGACUUUGAAGACAACAUCGCCAGGUUUUCCUCCAGAGGCAUGACAACCUGGGAACUGCCAGGCGGUUAUGGCAGAGUGAAGCCUGACAUCGUCACCUACGGUUCUGGCGUUCGGGGAUCAGGGAUGAAGGAGGGAUGUCGUUCUCUGUCUGGCACCAGUGUGGCCUCCCCCGUAGUGGCUGGUGCCGUUACUCUCCUGGCCAGCACCGUCCUGAACAGGGAGCUGGUGAACCCAGCCUCCAUGAAGCAGGCUCUGAUCGCCUCGGCCCGCAGGCUGCCAGGGGUCAACAUGUUUGAGCAGGGCCACGGGAAACUAGACCUGAUCAGAGCCUACCAGAUUCUCAACAGUUACAGACCUCAGGCCAGUCUGUCUCCCAGCUACAUCGACCUGACAGAGUGUCCGUACAUGUGGCCUUACUGCUCCCAGCCCAUCUACUAUGGAGGAAUGCCCACCAUCGUCAAUGUGACCAUUCUCAACGGCAUGGGUGUCACUGGCAGGAUCGUGGACAAGCCCAUCUGGCAGCCCUACCUGCCCCAGAACGGCGACCACAUCGAUGUGGCGGUCUCCUAUUCGCCGGUGCUGUGGCCGUGGGCCGGCUACCUGGCUGUGUCCAUCUCUGUGGCCAAGAAAGCGGCAUCGUGGGAAGGGGUCGCUCAAGGUCAUGUGAUGGUCACAGUGGCGUCGCCUGCAGAGAAUGAUUCUGAGGUGGGAGGUGAGCUGACCUCCACAGUCAAACUGCCCAUCAAGGUGAAGAUCGUGCCAACUCCCCCUCGCAGUAAGAGGGUGCUGUGGGACCAGUACCAUAACCUGCGCUACCCGCCCGGCUACUUUCCUCGAGACAACCUCCGCAUGAAAAACGACCCACUAGACUGGAAUGGAGACCACAUCCACACUAACUUCAGGGACAUGUACCAGCACCUGAGGAGUAUGGGAUACUUUGUUGAGGUGCUCGGAGCGCCCAUCACCUGCUUCGAUGCCAGCCAGUAUGGCACAUUGCUGAUGGUGGACAGUGAGGAGGAGUAUUUUCCAGAAGAGAUCACCAAGCUGAGGAGAGACAUCGACAACGGCCUGUCGCUCAUUGUAUUCAGUGACUGGUACAACACCUCGGUCAUGAGGAAGGUCAAGUUCUAUGACGAAAACACCAGGCAGUGGUGGAUGCCAGACACAGGGGGCGCUAACGUUCCAGCCCUGAACGACCUGAUCUCAGUGUGGGGGAUGGCUUUCAGUGACGGGCUGUACGAGGGAGACUUCACUUUGGCUGAUCAUGACAUGUACUAUGCCUCAGGCUGCAGCAUUGCCCGUUUCCCAGAAGAUGGAAUAGUGAUUGCCAAAAAUCUGAAGGACCAAGGUCUGGAGGUGUUAAAGCAAGAGACCGCAGUGGUGGAGGGGGUUCCCAUCCUCGGACUAUACCAAACGCCAUCUGAUGGGGGAGGUCGCAUCGCUCUGUACGGUGAUUCUAACUGUAUAGACGACAGCCACAGACAGAAAGACUGUUUCUGGCUGCUGGACGCUCUCCUUCAGUACACUUCCUACAGUAUGACCCCUCCCAGCCUCAGCCACUCCCACAGCAGGGUAGCCCCGCCCACAGGCACAGAGCACCCACUGCCACAGAGACUGGAAGGAAACCAUCUUUAUCGCUACUCCAAGGUUCUAGAGGCUCACCUGGGAGACCCUAAGCCCCGCCCACUACCAGCCUGCCCCCACCUGUCUUGGGCAAAGCCACAGCCACUCAAUGAGACAGCACCUAGUAACCUGUGGAAGCACCAGAAGCUUCUCUCGGUGGAUCUGGACAAAGUGGCUCUACCUAACGUGAGGGCUUACCGGCCCCAGGUCAGACCUCUGUCUCCUGGGGAGAGUGGGGCCUGGGACAUCCCCGGAGGGAUAAUGCCCGGUCGCUACAACCAAGAAGUCGGCCAGACCAUCCCCGUCUUCGCCUUCCUGGGGGCGAUGGUGGUCCUGUCCUUUUUCGUGGUGCAGCUCACGAAGGCCAAGAGCAAACCCAAGCGCAGGAAACCCCGUAUCAAACGGCCCACGUACCUCCAGCAGCAGCAGCAGCAGCAGCAGCAGCAGCAGCAGCAAUGCAGCAGCAGCAGACGACAACCGGGAAAAACCCAACUGUCUGACUGGAACUGCAACUUUGAGCUGCUGCCGGGGGGAGCCGGGGAGCCAGAUCCACCUCCAAAACCGAGAUGCUGUUAGAAGGACAACUUGUGUCGAGCAGCAACAUUUGGAGGCAAAUUUACGCAAAGUCUAACGAACUGUUGAGGCAGACGUCUGACUGCCUGCCGGACGUGAACCUACUGCGAACCCCUGGUGUCUUCUUGGAUGCUGAAAACAGUUUUUGUGCCUCUCGUCUGUUCAAGGCUGUCCGUGGGUGUUUGUGUGUGUGUGUGUUUGUGGACUGAUGAACAGUAUUAGACAGUGUUACACACAUGAUGUAAAACACACCUGGCCCUAAAAGAUGCCUGUUUGAGACAGACAUGUUGUCUACAUUUCCCUCUCUCUUCUUCGACCAAACUGUUUCUUUAUGGAUGAAAUGUGUCUGACUUUUAUAUUUAUUGAAUUUGUUCGUACCCUCACACACACACACACACACACACGCACACACACAGAAACAUAAUGCAUACUGUAUGCACUUUAAGAAUAGAGCUGUUGGCAUACACACGGACAGAUACACACACAGACAUUUCCAACUUGAGGACCAUGGAAUGAUCAAGUCUUCUCCUGCCCAUGUCUGUUUAGAAUCACUCUCUUUUCAUUGUUUUUAUAUUUUCUAUAAUGAACUCUGGCCAGGCAUUCUGUUGAUAUCCUCCUUCACCAUGAUUGACAGACUUUUUUCGAAUAUAUCUCAUCAAUUAAAAAGCAUAAUCAAAAUGA